AUGUGGCAAGCUGGGGAUCCAGUGUCUGUUCACGACGAAGCAGCCAUGGUCAAGGAACUCAAAUGGUAUGCAUUUUACAUUGCAUUGGAGAGUAGCCAGCAAUCUCAUUAUAGUUUAGAUUCGUCGCUGAAUACCGCUCCAAUUCAGAGAGUCACCCGAAGCCAGAUGAAUAACAGCUCAGACGCUGCGUGCAGGGGCUUUCUGCUCUCACUCAAGGACCUGCCCAAGGAGCAUGUAUCCAGCAAACGUCCUGCGGAAGGAAUAUUCAAUACGGUCCUACGUGAAAAAGUAACUAGCGGUAAAGAAGCAUUGAAUAUCCUGUUCGAGGCGGCAGUUCAGCAGGACCAAGCGCCCAUUGUCUCCGGCACAGAGACGGAUAAAACGCCCCAGCAGCCAUCAUUGGCGAGUACUAGUUUGAAGAUUGACUGCAUCUCGGAGACUGAUGUACUGAAAAUAUGGAGUGGUUGUCGCUUUGUCAAGAUGGGAUGGUUUACUGCGCGCGAAGCACUCUUGUAUGUUGAUCUUUUUUUCCACAAUAUGGCGCCUUUGUCGCCUAUCCUGACAGACUUCUUCGCCUCUCAUCAUACACAUUAUUGGCUCAUCACGCAAGAACCAGUCCUGUGCUGCACAAUCCUGAUGAUCUCCUCGAGGUACCAUACCCUACCAGGGCCGUCCGGUGCCACGCGCGGAUUCUUUAUCCACAACAGGUUAUGGCAGCACUGCCAGCACCUCAUUCUACGGAUCAUGCUUGGACAGGAGAAGUUUUCCAAAGCAAAGACAAGGCAUUUGGGAACGGUCGAGGCUCUUCUACUUCUAUCAGAGUGGUACCCGCGGGCGUUGCAUUUUCCACCCGAGAAUGACGGAUGGGAUUCAGAUUUGAUGUUGACGGCACCCAGCGAGAGAGACCCGCCCCCCGUGACAGAAGAGAGCCCCAUGCAAGACCGUUGGAGAGAAGACGUUGUCGAGCCGACGAGACGAUCGGAUCGCAUGGCCUGGAUGUUGGUAAGCUCUGCAUUGGCUCUUGCACAUGAGCUUGGUGUGUUUUCUACCAGCAAUCGAUCGGAUUUGGGAGACAGUCGAAUUGUAGAGCCGGAUGUUAAGGCGUAUGUCUACCAUCUGGAUGUCAGAAGGCAGCGGCUACCGUCUUUACUUUACGUUAUUAUCAAUAAUCUCUCUUCAAGAAUUGGCUGUACAUCACUGAUGCCGGAGAAAUGUCAAUUGACCGGUCUCCAUAAUUUGUCAGGGGUUAGCUCGGAAUGGGCAAGACUGAUGAAAUCCUGGGUGGAAUUGACAGACUUCACUCGGACCCUCAGAGAAACAUUCUUCGCUGAUGCCAGUCCCCGAGACCGUCGUCAGAUUGACAAUGACUUGUUAGGAGAAUGGAUAGGGCGGCUUGGGCUAUGGCGACGUCAACAUCAAGCUGUGGAUAGUAAGUCAGCCACGAAUGGUUUGUGUCCGGAUCUGAUUCUUAGAACAGACCUUUAUUACGAUACUGUCAUCGAGAUCGAAUACCAGUACCUGAGAGUACUCUCCAACUCUUUGGGCGUCCAAGGCAUCGUCGAGCGAGUAUUAUCACAGACAGAAUCCCACGGAACGAUAAACACGACAUUCAUUUCUCAUGCGCGUCAGAUUCCCCUAAGCAGGAGCGAGCAUGGGUUCAUCGAAGAAGUAAUUGAUGGAGCCUGUGCAAUUCUUACACACAUUAUCUCACUACCAGGACCGAAGCCAUUGUCAUUUUACCCUGUUAGAGUAUUUCUGCGUGUCAUCAGUUCCUCCAUCUUUAUUCUCAAGGCUCUUGCUUUGGGUGCAAGACCAACAAAACUACAGGAAUCUCUGGAUCUACUAGACCAGGCUAUAGCUGUUUUGGACUCCGAUCUUCUGGACGAUAUAUACCUUGUUUCGCGGUAUGCAGCCUUGCUAAAGAUUCAUGUCUCACGGCUCCGGCAGACCUUUGCCAAUUGCAGCCAGGUUUCCAGCAAAGGCGAAUCGUAUAACCAAGAGCCUGGUACACCAGUGCCCACAGCUGCUGAAAGAUUCGACUGGGAUCCCAGUAUGAUGGAUUUAGAUCUGGGAACGGCCUCAGGCGACCUGAAUUUGGAUUUCAUAAUGUUAUCUCCCCGGGAAUAUGAAAAUCUUUUACCCAACGGCAAAACGGAUCAAUACAUCCAGUGUACCAGACAGCGCCUAGAUAGUCCUGUGAAAUAUCACUUUUUUCGUCCGAAAACCCCUGGUGGUCGAGAUAUUCUCUUCCUGGGCUCUCUGGAGCUAGAGACAACAGACGACCGGCUCUACACACGGAAGUCCAGCACCUGGGCUGCUUCGAUCAUGCCUGAGAUAUUUCUUAUCAAAGAGUGUCCCUCUGAAGGUCGUUUUGAAUGGACAGAUGAUGGCCACGUCGAUCCGGGCCACGGAUAUGGCUUCACCCAAAUCUCGAACUCAAGCUACCAGUUGCGACCUAGGCAAUUAAAUCCAUAUUUAUUGGGUUUUGUCUUACAGGAGACCCAGUCUAGUAAGAGAAUCUAUAUAGGGAGUUCUGGGUUUGGGUCAACAAUAUAA